AUUUUGUAUAAUUUUUGAAGAAUUUAAAGUAGUAUUCUGUAGAUUAGUGCUCAUUAUGCUUCGUUUGUGUUUGUUGUUCAGAUUUGCUGUCGGCAGGCGCGCCCAUGACUUUCAACAUAUUGAAAGAAAGGUUACGGGCUUCAGGAGGAUCUAGCUCUACUGCUGCUAAAGAAACGAAUCCAUUUACUGCCACUGCAAAUGGUAAUCCCGGAUUUGUACCACAAAAAAUUGGAAAAAGUGCAACAAAAAAUGAGGCUAAAACUCCCAAACCGCCGAAGGCACCGGAAAAACCUCUUAUGCCGUACAUGAGGUACAGCAGAAAAGUGUGGGAUACUGUGAAAGCUCAAAAUGCGGAUUUAAAGUUGUGGGAAAUCGGUAAAAUUAUCGGACAAAUGUGGAGAGAUCUGCCUGAAGAUGAAAAGACUGAAUUUCAGGAAGAAUAUGAAAUUGAAAAGGUUGAAUAUGAGAAGACAUUAAAAACCUACCACAAUUCUCCAGCUUACAUCGCUUUUAUGGCCGCUAAAAAUAAAGGGAAAUCUGUUACGCAAGGUACAGAUGGCGAGACGCACGAGAGACAGACCAGCUCUGCGAAACAACAGGCGGCCGAUAGAAGAAUCGAAAUACAACCAGCAGAAGAUGAAGAUGAUCAAGACGACGGUUACUCAGUUAAACACGUGGCGUACGCGAGGUACUUAAGAAACCACCGGCUAAUCAAUGAAAUUUUCUCUGAAAGCGUAGUACCAGAUGUCAGAUCGGUGGUAACAACUGGACGCAUGCAGGUGUUAAAACGACAGGUACAGUCUUUGACGAUGCAUCAAAAGAAACUCGAAGCAGAAUUGCAGCAAAUCGAAGAAAAAUUCGAAGCUAAAAAGAGGAAAUUCGUUGAAAGCAGCGACCAGUUUCAGGAUGAACUUAAAAAGAAUUGUAAGCCUGCCGUGGACGACGAUACUUUUCAAGCAUUGGUCGAGAAGCAGUACGACAUCUUGAAGAGGGAUAAAAGUAAAUCUCAAGAAGUUCCGAAGCCCAAAAUCGACGAAAACGGACACUCUGACAAUUCUUCGCCGUCUACGCCUCAAGAAAAUGGUCAAUCAGAGCCAAUGGAACUAGACCAUCCGGACAAAAUGGGGCAAUCCCAACAAGGCCCUCCCGCGCCCGCAGCCACGAACGGUCCCUCACCACCGCAGGCGGAAAAAACUACGCCGGUCGAACAUCCUCAUCCGCCGGGUCCUCCGUCUCAUUACGCUCAUCCACCACCUACUCCUCCGCACGCGGAACACCAUCAACCUCCCCCUACCGUUCAUCCCCCUCACGAACAUCCUCCGCCGCACCAUCCUGGACCGAAUAUACAUACUCACGGUCAACCGUCUCAGGGGCCUCCGCCUCAUCAGGUUCCUACUCCCCAACAUCCUCUUCCAUCUCAAGUACCGCCACAGGCGCCACCUCAAGGACCACCGCAAGCUCCACCUUCAGGACACGGUCCCUCCAUGCCGCCUCAUAUGCAACAGAAUCCUCCUCAUCCACCGACGGCGCAGGUUCCUUCGCACCAAGGUCCAAUGAUGCCUCCUUCGCAGGUGCCGGCCCACCAGUACUCGCAGCAGUAUCCACCUCAAGGUCCGCCUAAUCCGCAGUCUGUACCAUUGCCGCCACGACCGCCCCAUCCGGGAUAUCCGGGCUAUCCUCCGCAACAGCAACAACCUUAUCCGCCGCCGCAUGGGCAAAGCGGUUACCCACCACCAGGUCCCCCGCCCGCCGGAGGUCAAUACCCGCCGCCCCAUCCUGGUUUCUACCACCAACAGUACCCUCAGUAUCCACCGCACGCCGGAGGCAGACCUGCGCAUCCGUAUCCCGUUUCCGGACCGCCGCCGUCUGAAGGCCAGUCGCUACCCGGACCGCCAGAGGGGCAGAUGUACGGGCCGCCCUCGGGUGGACCUCCGGGACCCGCUUCGGACGCCGAGAGACCGCAAGGACCUCCGUCGGAGGAUGGGCAGGGCGGCGAAGACAUCAAAAUGGAUUAUCGAGCUACAGAAAAAGAAGACAAAUAAAAUAGUGGAAUUUUUUUUUUACCCAAUCUCUUAGGUUUUCAAUUUAUUUUUAAUGGUAUUAAAUAUAAUUAAGUAUAUA